CGGGAGAAGUUAUUACAUGAAGAGAUCAGCUUACCAGUUUUCUUCAGAGCAGAGGCUGAGCUCGGAGCUGCGGGUAGUACAGUGAGGGAGAGCAGAGGGAACCAGCGCGGUGCCUAGCGGAACUCCAGAGCUGGAAUCCCGAGACACAAGUGCAUCUGCUAGCUGUUAGUACUUGGCAGACGGAGUUCUCCUCUAGGGUAGUUCUAACUUUGGGUAAUAAUGUUUGUCAGCUACCUGAUAUUAACAUUGCUCCACGUUCAAACAGCAGUGUUAGCAAGACCUGGGGGAGAGAGCAUUGGCUGUGACGACUACCUGGGCUCAGACAAAGUGGUGGACAAAUGCGGGGUGUGCGGAGGCGACAACACAGGCUGUCAGGUUGUGUCGGGCGUGUUCAAGCAUGCCUUCACCAGCCUGGGCUACCACCGAGUGGUCGAGAUUCCCCAAGGAGCCACCAAAAUCAACAUCACCGAGAUGCACAAGAGCAACAACUAUUUGGCUUUGCGAAGUCGUUCCGGCCGCUCCAUCAUCAAUGGCAACUGGGCAAUUGACCGGCCGGGAAAAUACGAGGGUGGAGGGACCAUGUUCACCUACAAGCGUCCGAAUGAGAUUUCGAGCACCGCCGGAGAAUCCUUUUUGGCUGAAGGCCCCACGAAUGAAAUCUUGGACGUCUAUAUGAUACACCAGCAACCCAACCCAGGAGUCCACUAUGAGUACGUCAUCAUGGGGACCAACGCCAUCAGCCCGCAGGUGCCUCCUCACAGGAGACCAGGGGAGCCCUUCAACGGCCAGCUGGGAACAGACGGGAGGAGUCAGGAGGAGGGAGAAGAGAAAGAGGGGGCCGAGGAGAAGGAAGAUAUGCACGGUGGGGCGCCCGAAGUGUUCACCUCGGAAUCGGCACAGACCUUCCCAGUCAGACAUCCAGAUGGAUUUUCUUCCCAUCGACCAGACAGUGUCGUGCCAGCGGCACUGCAGCCCCCACGGCGGAGCCGGGACCACAACUGGAAACAGCUCGGGACCACAGAAUGCUCCACAAGCUGUGGGAAAGGAUCGCAGUUCCCUAUUUUUCGCUGCGUGCACAGAAACACCCACGAAGAGGUUCCCGAGAGCUACUGUGACUCCAGCAUGAAGCCCACCCCCGAGGAGGAGCCCUGCAACCUCUUCCCUUGCCCAGCCUUCUGGGACAUCGGAGAGUGGUCUGAGUGCAGCAAAACCUGCGGCCUGGGCAUGCAGCAUCGCCAGGUGCUGUGCCGCCAGGUGUAUGCCAACCGCAGCCUGACGGUGCAGCCCUACCGCUGCCAGCACCUGGAGAAGCCUGAGACCACCAGCACCUGUCAGCUCAAGAUCUGCAGCGAGUGGCAGAUCCGCACGGACUGGACCUCGUGCUCGGUGCCCUGCGGAGUGGGACAGAGGACCCGAGACGUGAAGUGUGUGAGCAACAUCGGGGACGUGGUCGAUGACGAGGAAUGCAACAUGAAGCUUCGACCGAACGACAUUGAGAACUGCGACAUGGGGCCCUGCGCCAAGAGCUGGUUCCUCACCGAGUGGAGUGAAAGGUGCUCAGCAGAGUGUGGGGCUGGAGUGCGGACACGCUCCGUGGUGUGCAUGACCAACCACAUCGGCAGCCUGCCCCUGGAGGGCUGUGGGAACAACCGGCCGGCGGAGGCCACCCCGUGUGACAAUGGGCCCUGUACGGGCAAGGUGGAGUGGUUUGCAGGGAGCUGGAGUCAGUGUUCCAUCGAGUGUGGGAGUGGGACCCAACAGAGGGAGGUGAUUUGUGUUAGGAAGAAUGCAGACACCUUUGAAGUGCUGGACCCCUAUGAAUGCUCCUUCCUGGAGAAACCCCCCAGUCAGCAAUCAUGCCACCUCAAGCCUUGUGGGGCCAAAUGGUUUAACACAGAAUGGAGCAUGUGCUCCAAGAGCUGCCAGGGCGGCUUCCGGGUCCGCGAAGUGCGCUGCCUGUCCGAUGACAUGUCCCUAAGCAAUCUCUGUGACCCUCAGCUGAAACCAGAAGAGAAAGAAUCUUGUAACCCUCAGGACUGUGUCCCUGAAGUCGAUGAGAACUGCAAGGACAGGUACUUCAACUGCAACGUGGUGGUCCAGGCGCGGCUCUGCGUCUACAACUACUACAAGACCGCCUGCUGCGCCUCCUGCACCCGCGUGGCCAACAGGCGCGCGGGCUUCCUGGGCAGCAGAUAACCCCCCGCGCUGCAGCCGCAGGGCAGGUCAGGGAGGCGGGCCGGUGGGGUCGGCUGCUCCACCAGCGGCUCCGGGCCCCCCACCGCGCCGCCAGCCGGCGUCGUCCCCACCCCCACCUUCGGGAAAGCUCCCGCAAGGAGCCAAGCCACGGUAGUCCUUUCGCAUCGCCAUAAACCGACGAUCCCUGCUCCGGGAGCCCGCUGAGGUGCUGUCUGAACCCAGGCGGUGGGGGGCUCGUAGCUCUCCGAGGGCUCCCGCGCCUGCCAGCACUUCCUAAGUCAGCCUUUGGGCCCCCAGGCGGCCCUGCCUCAGCCGGGAUGCACCUGGCCUUUUCCACAUCGGGUUCCCUUGGAGAGUCCAAGACGCAGCUCCCACCCGCAGCCCCACGAGGCCUUGCUGAGACACCUGCUUCCCACGGUUACCUCAGCCCCGCGGUGCCUGUUUCCGUAUUCACAGACAGAGGCUUUUUCCUGCCUUGUGACACAAACAUCUCCUGUCAAAUAGUGCUUUAUUAUGUCGCAGGUGUAAUCACAGAUCCUAGAUGGUUAGUGGCUCACAAAGCCCCGGAACGGGAGCCAGGGACUGAAUCAUCAUCCCCAUUUUACUGACAAGGACACUGAGACUCAGUUUAAGGAAUUGACCUGCCAGGUAUAUUCACUCACCUGUUCGGUGGCAGGGUUGAGUCUGACCGCACAACUCACCUGCCCAGAAGCCUUAGGUCUACAGGAUGCAGCUUCAUUUCAGACCAAGCGGCCGAGAAAUUUCCCACUCAGCAGUCAAAGCCCAGCUCUAGAAUUCUUUCCUCCGGCCAGAGGUCAGGACAGUAUCCGCGGCACUCAGUUGUUUCCCAGGUCUCUUUCUGUUGAUCUCUUCCCCGACAAGGUCGCAGAUCCUGGUUACCGGACUCUGCAGGUUUUGUUAAACCCCAUCCUAAAUGGAAUUGUCCCUGACACAACAAGAAAGCCAUUGGCAUAGCAAGGUGAUGCCCGAAAUUCUGAUUCCGCUCCCAGUGAUAUGUGUCCCCCAGGGAACUUCACCCCGGGGGUCCUCUGGCCAUGGAGCCUCUCGUGUCUCUGUGCCCUGGGCUCUCCCGUGUCCGCAGCCACCUGUCCUGGGCUGUGCGCCACACGUCACCCAGUAGACCAGCCUGUCUCAGCAUAAAACCUGUGUUUAUAUUAGAAAGAGUCUCCCUUUGGUUUUUCCAGUUUGGUUUAUGGAUUUCUGUUUGUGAUUUCUCAUUCCUCCCUCCCUAUGACUCACAGCCUGUAUCCCACCAUCCCAGACUCGAGCAGUAAGAUCUGCAUUCAUGCCGCUAGCCAGGGAGAGAAGGAGAGGGGCCCUGGGCUCCUCCAGUGACAGCCACAGCGGCUGGGUCUUCCCCGAUGCCCUGCACCUAACUGCAGUUCCGGAGGCCUCGGGCUGCAAGGGGAUGCAGUGCGUAUUGAAAGGCAAACGAUCUGAAAGGUCAAUUAAAAUGAAAGAAUAUGUGUGUGUGUGUGUGUGUAUAUGUGUGUGUAUGCAUAUAUAUAUAUAUAUAUAUACACACACACACACGUACAGUUGACCCUUGAACAGUGUGGGGGUUCAGGGUGCCAACCACCCGCUACACAGUUGAAAAUCCAUGUAUAACUUUUGACUCCCCAAAAACUUAGCUCCUAACAGCCUGUUAUGGACUGGAAGCCUUACCAAGGACAUAAUCAAUCGACACAUUUUUUUACGUGUCGUACAUAUUUUAUAGUGUCUUCUUACAAAAAAGUAAGCUAGAGAAAAGAAAAUGUUAUUAUGAAAAUCACAAGGAAAAGAAAAUACAUGUACAGUAUUUAUCUGGGAAAAAAAAUCUCUGAAAAAAAAACCCCAUACCGUUCAAACCCAUGUU